UUGCGGCGUCCUAGCACUUCAAAUUGGUAUCGCAUUAGCAGAGUGCAGUGUGACGGUCAGAUCUCUCUCCGGUGGCAGGUGGCGAACUGUCAAACUGCGGGGCCGCGGAGGGGACGUAGACUAAACCCAAUCAUCGAUCCCACAGUACCGACCGUCUAUCAACGCGGCUGCAGUACGACGAUCUGACACUGGCAUGCGCACUGCAGCUUAGUCAAUUCGAGUCUCCUCCGCCGGAGCCACAGGCAGGAGUGACUAUUCUGACUACAGCCUGCCUUCUCCAGUUCCUGUUUCCGCCGCAGCUUUUUCCAAACGAAUUUUGGACCAAAACAUCGCAGCUGCGUCAGACUCCAACUUCCUCCGGCCCCUCACCAGGAUCUCGCGAAAGCCUGUUGGUGUGCCAAGUGAAGGAGCCAAGGCGAGCGAGCUGAACAGGUUGUAAGAAGAGGGUUGAAGUAGCACCUCAAGUGACAAACACCGAGGUCAACACCAGGGGGCAAGGAGAGGAACGAAAGCCGACGUGCCAUCUAGGAGACGUGGAGCACCCUUCGGGAGACGGCAGGAGCGACAAGGGGCCUCGACGGAGAAAGACAUGCUCUAGCACAAAGGGAGGGGACUGGAGAACCUCACCAGAGUAGCACCCAAUCAAAUCUCCUUUCACUCCAACCAGCCCCUGUGGUGCUGCCGGCGAGAAUGCCCAGGGGGCCGUUGUGACGGGGCGCAACGUGUUCGGGAGGCAGCCGGGCUGUAGUACAAUGCGGCCGUGGGCGGGCUCAUGGCGCUGGAUCACCCUGGUUCUGCUCGCCUGGGGCACGCUGCUCUUCUACAUCGGCGGCCACCUGGUGAGGGACAGCGAGCACCCUGAGAGGUCCAGUCGCGAGCUGUCCAAGAUCCUGGCCAAGCUGGAGCGCCUCAAGCAGCAGAACGAGGACCUGCGACGCAUGGCAGAGUCCCUCAGGAUACCGGAGGGCCAGGUAGGGGAGGGAGGGGCCUUGGCUGUGGGAAGACUACGCUCUCUGGAGGAACAGCUGACCAGAGCCAGGCAGAAGAUCCACAGCUUCCAGAGGCUGACCGGAGAUGGUCCAGGCCACACCCAGGAGGAGCUGAGGCGGCGGGUGGAGAACGGUGUGAGGGAGCUCUGGUACUUUGUCCGCAGUGAGGUCAAGAAGCUGGGCCACACAGAGGAUGGGGAGAGGCCCAGGCAGGCCGACAACCUGUUACAAGAACUGGGACAUCAGCAGAGGUCUAUCAUGACAGAUUUAUACCACCUGAGCCAGGCGGAUGGUGUGGGGGACUGGAGAGAGAAGGAGGCAAGGGACCUGUCUAACCUGGUGCAGAACAGGAUCACCUAUCUCCAGAACCCACAGGACUGCUCCAAGGCCCGUAAGCUGGUGUGUAACAUCAACAAGGGCUGUGGGUACGGCUGCCAGCUGCACCACGUGGUCUACUGCUUCAUGAUCGCCUACGGCACCCAGCGCACCCUCAUCCUGGAGUCCCACAACUGGCGCUACGCCACGGGAGGAUGGGAGACCGUCUUCCACCCUGUCAGCAACUCCUGUACCGACCGUACCGGGGUGUCCACAGGACACUGGUCAGGUGAGGCCCACGACCAGGACAUCCAGGUGGUGGAGCUACCCAUUGUGGACAGCCUACACCCCCGUCCUCCCUACCUCCCCCUGUCCAUCCCUGAAGACUUAGCCCAGCGCCUCCACCGUCUCCACGGUGACCCGUCUGUCUGGUGGGUGUCACAGUUUGUCAAGUACCUGGUCCGUCCUCAGGCCUGGCUGGAGAAGGAGAUCCAGGACACCACGGUCAAGCUGGGCUUCAGGCACCCUAUCAUAGGGGUCCAUGUUAGACGGACCGAUAAGGUUGGGACAGAGGCUGCGUUCCACCCUAUAGAAGAGUACAUGCAGCACGUGGAAGAACAGUUCCAACACAUGGCCCGGCGCAUCCACGUGGACAGGAAACGUGUUUAUCUGGCAACAGAUGACCCCUCACUGUUGCAAGAGGCUAAGACCAAGUACCCUGACUAUGAGUUCAUCAGUGAUAACUCCAUCUCCUGGUCAGCUGGUCUACACAACCGCUACACAGAGAAUUCUCUGAGGGGAGUGAUUCUAGACAUACACUUCCUUUCCCAGACUGACUUCCUGGUCUGCACCUUCUCUUCACAGGUGUGCCGUGUGGCUUAUGAGAUCAUGCAGACGCUGCACCCGGAUGCCUCCUCUUCAUUCCACUCACUAGACGACAUCUACUACUUCGGGGGUCAGAACGCCCACAACCAAAUUGCCAUCUACCCCCACCAACCUCGCAGCCCCGAAGACAUACCCCUGGAGCCUGGGGAUAUCAUCGGUGUAGCAGGGAACCACUGGGAUGGCUACUCGAAAGGGGUCAACCGUAAACUGGGCCGCACCGGCCUCUACCCUUCCUACAAAGUGAAGGAGAAGAUAGAGACGGUGAAGUACCCCACGUACCCAGAGGCGGACAAGCUGCUCUCAAACUCUCAACAAAAGUAAAAGGAGAAAAGGAAGGAUGAAAAGAAAAAAGAGAAAGAGACUCUUCACUAAGAGAGC